AUGUAUUCAGCUAUCGAUCUGACAUCCACUGUCAAAUCUAUUUUUCCUUCCUUCGGCCUUCUUGCCCGAUCCUUUUCUCUCUCUCUCUCUCUCUCUCUCUCUCUCUCUCUCUCUCUCUCUCUCUCUUCUUUCUUCUCGCCUCUCGUUUCUCUUUAUUUUCCUUAUUUAUUUUUCUCUUUCCUUCCUUCCUUCAUUAUUUCUUUCCUUCUUUCUUUCCUUCCUUCUUUCCUUUCUUCCUUCUUUCCUUUCUUUCUUUCUUUCUUUUUCCUUUCCUUCUUCUUUCAUUUCUUUCGCUUUAUUAAAGACAAACGUAUCUUCCCAAUUCCCUCCCCUUGUUGGCCACCAUCUCCAUUUUUUUCCUCGACGCAUUUAUCUCCCUUUCUUUCGUUCAUCCUUUUAAGCAGUUCUUCCUGCUCUCGACAUCUACUUCCCUCCAUUGGACCCUUCCUUCAUUCUAGCAAGCUCUUUUAA